UCUGACCAAUGGGAGUGCAGAUGGAGAAGGAGAAGUAAGUGAAGCCUGUUGGUAAUAUUUUUUUUUGUUGUUGAAAUCUGACACCGCACAUCCACACCCAUUAUCUCUUACAAGUAACGUGACUAUUUUUCCUCUGUUGUGUCCGACUUAAGAUUUUAAAUUUAGGUAAACUGGAUCAGUUUAGUUCUCCAGCCAAGUGAGCACAUCUAGCAGCUGACUUCUGUUGGAUCGGGACAGGGUGUGGGGUUGCCUGAUGCACACAUGCAGGGUCCCUGAUGGCUUCCCCGCGGCUGGAGACGUUCUGCUGCCCGAACCGGGACGCUGCCACGGAGUUCGCAGUCUCCUUCCAGCCCGUCCUGUUCGGGGCUCUGAGUCUGGGCAGCGCCGCUCUGAGCCUCGUGUUCGCUGUUCUGCAGGUUCUGCCGAAGCGCAAAGGAUACAGGAGACUGGGACAGUACCCUCUGCCGAGGCCCGCCUCCUCCUCCAGAGUAUUGUUCAUCGUCAGUAUAUGUGACAUACUGGGAUGCACAGGGAUCAUCGUCAGGUCCUCUGUGUGGCUGGGUCUGCCGAGCAUCGUCGAAGGCAUCUCGGUGACCAACAACACGGACGUGUUGCCAGAGGCCUUCUGUGUUGGCAGCGCAAUGUGGAUCCAGCUCUUCUUCAGCGCUUCGUUUUGGUGGACCUUCUGCUACGCCGUGGACGUCUUUCUGGUGGUGAAAACCUCCGCUGGGAUCAGCACCAUUGUCCUCUACCACAUGAUUACGUGGGGUCUGGCUGUGCUGCUGUGUGUUGAAGGAGUGGCCAUGCUCUACUACCCAUCCAUCUCUGACUGCGAACAAGGCCUCCAGCACGCUGUUCCCCACUACAUCACCACAUACGCCCCCAUGCUGCUCGUCCUCAUAGCCAACCCCGUGUUCUUCAGUCGGACCGUAUCUGCAGUGACAUCUUUAUUGAAAGGACGACAAGGAAUCUACACAGAAAAUGAGAGACGGCUGGCUAACGAGAUUAAAAUCCGCUUCUUUAAAAUAAUGCUCGUGUUCUUUGUUUGCUGGGCUCCAAAUAUCAUCAAUGAGUGCCUUCUCUUCUACCUGGAGAUGCAGCCAAAUAUCACCGACAACAGUCUGAGAAACAUCAGGAACGCAGCCCUCACCACAUGGUUCAUCAUGGGCAUUCUGAACCCGAUGCAGGCUUUCCUCAACACCCUGGCCUUCCACGGCUGGACGGGUUGGGACGUGGACCUCAACCCGCAGCGGAGCAGGGAGCUGGCCUGGGACUCGGGCUCCACCUCGGGGCCGAACGCGGCCGGACAAAACCCGGUGGUGGGAACGACUCUGCUGUACCAGAGUCACGUUCAGGAAGUGCAGAAGAACACGAUAGGAAACGGACAGCAGCACUCGGACGCCAUCAGUGUCCUCUCUGAAGGUUCAGAGUCUAGUACAGUUGAAAUCCACAUUUCCAGCGAGCUACAAGGGGACGUAGACGCUGACGGAGAGUCCUUGGAGAACUCUGUGAGACACUAGCUGGCCUCAUCCACACUCCAACUCCCUCCCCUUUUACAUUGUGUUAGUCUUUAGAAGUUAGACCUUGGUAGUUUUAAAGUGUUACGAUGGCAACUGCUUUUGACAAAGCUGCUCUGUCACAAUAGAUUCCAUUUUCUAUUUUUAAGACUUUUUUUUUUUUUUUUUACCUCUGAACAUGUUAAACCUUCAGCAGUAUUUAUAGGGUUUUUAUUUUUUUUGCCGAUCAGCUGAACAGCCCCAGCAGUAUUAUUAUUUUUUUUUUUCUUGUAGCUGUAAAACUUGCAAAACAAACUGACAUUUGUUUUGUUAUCUAGUUACAGAUUGACCUUUAGUGCUGGGAGGUUUUUUAUUUUUUUUUCCCUUCCCCACAACGGGCAAAUUCUCUCAGUUCAGUGCACUGAUCUUGUAAAAUGGAUCCCAUCAAUAAGCCAAGACACUACAAGUUCUUUAAGCUUCUCAGUGUUUUUUUUUUAUUUUUAUAAAGGCUAUUGUAUUUCACACCAUGAGUCUGUAUUUUUGCACAAAUCUAUCGUAUUAAAUACCUUGUAGAUUUGUUGCUUGCCAUGAGUGGUUGUGAAAGACUGCAUUGUAGAAGAGCUGAACAUUUAAUUAUAUUAGUUUGUAAACAAAUCGAAAACCAACCUGAAGGAUGGACCCUCGACCUUCCCAUCGAGUUUCCGCACAUUUCCCACGGUCAAGGUUUAUUUAGAACCAACUACAAAGUAUGAAAAUAAUAUAAAUAUAUGUAUAAAUACAUAUUUUGAAACUGGGAACAAACUACACAAGUGGUCUGACAGAAACAAUUUGAAGAAACUUGAGGGGGGAAGGGGGAGAGCAGUUCUCAUAGGUGAAAUGUCAAAAAUGUGUUUGUGUGCACUGCAACGUUCAUAAGUUAGACAAAAGGACACAGGCAUGCUGUCAAAUAUCAAAAUAUAGUAAUUUAUUUGAAACAAUGAAUGAAUUCAAAGUUUUGUCUUGGAAACAGGUGACAGCAGCACCCUUGAUCAAGGUACGAGAGAGAGAAAAUAGCUGUCACCCUAAUUUUUGGGGGGCUUCUUGGCAUGCCAGUAAUGAUCACUCCCCCCCACAGACAGCAUUCUCAGUCUGACACAGACAAUAAUGGCUCUCAGAAAAAAAAAAAAAAAAAAAAAAAAAAAAAAAAAAAAAAAGCUUUGCAACACCUUUUACAAUCCAGUCAUUAAAGACAUUAAAAUGAAAGAAAGAAAAUAAUAAACACCAGAGCACUUUCAACCAAAGCCAAGCAGUUGCUGAAUCCACCAUCACAAAAAG